AGCAUUUCGCGGUAAACCCCUCUCUCUUAUUGUUCGAUUUCCAAACCAUGGUAAAGAGGUUGAUGACUUGGACAUAUGGUCUCAUACAAAUGAUACAGCUGGUUCAGUACGACGAUGUAUUCUCAAUCAUGUAAAAGCAAAUAUAGCUCACACAAAAAUUGAACUUUUUGUGGGUGGUUGUCUGAUAGAUUCUGAAGAUGACGGAAAAUUAAUUGGACAAUUAAACCUAAAAGAUAAAUCAGUAAUUACAGCCAAACUUUCUCAGGUAUGUUCCAAUAUGCCUUCAAGCCCUGAUAGUUCUUCUGAUUCCUCAACUGGAUCUCCUGGAAACUGGUGUAAUCAGUACAAUGAUAGUCCCAGUCCAGAAAUGGAAAAUUGUUUGCCUGGAGUGGUAAGUAGCUAUUAUAUUCAAAACAUUACACUCUUCUUAAAAAAAAAAAACAAAGAAAUGUUUUUUUUAUAUGUUUCAUGA